GUCGGCAAAUUAUCGGACGUCCUUUCAACAGUCAAGAUAAAUAUGCUGAAAAAUAUAAAGGAAUAUCAAUCUGUUUUAAUAUCUUGACGAAAUCUUUUGCAGGAAGAUACGUCAAUUUUGGAGUUUUUGAACUUUAUGGAGAUAAGGCUCUCGAAAUAGUUCUUAAUACUUCGUUUGAAAUGAUGCUUUGUGUUCCAUUUGAUGAUAUCCUCAUGUACCCAAAACUUUCUAAAACGUUCUAUGAGUGGUUAGAUACGUUUACUAAUGGACAUAUGAUGGCAUUGCAUAAUAUGGAUUCAAAUGCAUUUCUUUACAUUAUGCGUGCUCUUGCAGAGGGAAUUCAACAUUUUCCACAUGGUUCACAAUGUGCUGCUGCUUGUAGUGCGAUUGACCAUAUUUGUACUUUUGUUAUUCAUCAAUCUGCUAAACAAAAGCCAAAACGACAUUGGCUCCUCUCUUAUUUAACCCAAUAUCCAAAUAUAUUACCAUAUUUAUUUACAGCUAACUUUAGUGCGGUACUGUUCGAAGAAAGUCAAAAUCAAUGGUCACUCUCACGUCCAUUACUUUGUUUAAUAUUAUUGAACCCGGACUACUGGGAACAGUAUACUCGUAAUCUUGUGUUAUACCAAUUGCUUGAAAGAAGAGAUGUCCUCGCUAAGGCAUUAACAUCGCUAAUGCAAGAUGUUGAAUUCAACCUGAUAUCCAAAAACCGAGAUCGAUUUACUCAAAAUCUUAGUACAUUUAAAAGAGAGUUGACUAAUGAUAAUGUUAUAUUAGUAGCACCACCUAUGGAUAUGAAGAUGACUAUGUGA